ACACAUUUUCAAAAGAUCCCGGUUUCCUGUUUUCAUGAAAGCAGCAGGGAAUGCCGAACAGCUGAGUGUGCCGGGGGUGGUGUCACCGAAGCCGGCGGGAGACUUCAUUGGUGAAAACUCGGCCUAUGGUGUUUGUGCGGGGCCGGCUGAGCUUACCCCAAAGUCGAAAGUCUUUGCCUUAUGGGGCGAGGACCCAGGGCGUCGGAGGCAGGGCCGCUGCAGGCGCGCUGCGAGCAAGGAGCUGGUGCGCGGUGGAGCGCCCCAGGCGGCCGGAAAAAGCAAAUGAUGCUCUGAGUGAAGACCAUGACAAAGAACAGAAAGACCCUUAUUUUGUGGAGACCCCCUAUGGUUAUCAACUAGACUUAGAUUUCCUGAAAUAUGUGGAUGACAUACAGAAGGGAAACACCAUCAAGAAACUGAACAUCCAGAAGAGGCGGAAACCAUCUGUGCCAUGCCCAGAGACCAGGGCCACACCUGGACAGCAAGGUCUGUGGACUUCAACAGAAUCCCUCUCAUCAUCCAACAGUGAUGAGAAACAGUGCCCCAACUUCUUCCUAGCCAGAAGCCAAGUUACGUCAACUCCAGUCCCCAGGCCACCUGCACCUCUGGAGACCUCACCCACUUUUCUUAUUAUCCCCGAAAAUCGACAGCUGCCACCCCCCUCACCGCAGCUCCCAAAGCACAACCUUCAUGUCACCAAGACACUGAUGGAGACCCGGAGAAGACUCGAACAGGAAAGAGUCACCAUGCAGGUGACAUCGGGUGAGUUCAGAAGGCCCAGGCUGGCCAGUUUUGGAGGCAUGGGCUCCACAAGCUCCCUCACCUCCUUUAUGGGUUCUGGAAACCACAAUCCUGUCACACACCAGCUUCAGAAUGGAUAUCAAGGCAACGGGGAUUAUGGUGGCUAUGCCUUGGCUGCUGCUACCACCUCCUCUAUGGGGAGCUCCAUCCGCCACAGCCCCCUGAGCUCAGGGAUCUCCACUCCAGUGACCAACGUGAGCCCCAUGCACCUGCAGCACAUCCGCGAGCAGAUGGCCAUUGCCCUGAAACGCCUGAAGGAGCUUGAGGAGCAGGUGCGGACCAUCCCUGUGCUGCAGGUGAAGAUCUCUGUCUUGCAAGAGGAGAAAAGGCAGUUGGCCUCACAGCUGAAAAACCAGAGGGCUGCAUCCCAGAAUGACGUCUGUGGUGUGAGGAAGCGGUCCUACAGCGCGGGGAAUGCCUCCCAGCUGGAGCAGCAAUCCCGGGCCCGGAGAAGUGGUGGGGAGCUGUACAUUGACUACGAGGAGGAAGAGAUGGAGAGCGUGGAGCAGAGUGCGCAGAGAAUGAAGGAGUUCCGGCAGCUCACAGCAGACAUGCAGGCCCUGGAGCAGAAGGUCCAGGACAGCAGCUAUGAGUGCUCCUCGGAGCCCGGGGACAAUGGACAGAGCUGGCCUCCGGAGUGCCGGUCUGUGGCUGUGGGUGCCGAUGAGAACAUGAACGACGUCGUUGUGUACCACCGAAGCUCCAGGCCCUGCAAGGAUGCAGCUGUGGGGAUGGUCACUGAGACGAGGAACUCUGGGGUCAGUGUGACAGAGGCCAUGCUGGGAGUGACUACUGAAGCUGACAAAGAAAUUGAGCUGCAACAGCAGACCAUAGAAGCCUUAAAGGACAAGAUCUACCGCCUGGAAGUACAGCUUAAAGAAACCACCCAUGACCGGGAGAUGACGAAACUCAAGCAAGAACUGCAGGCUGCUGGGUCGAGGAAAAAAGUUGACAAAGCCCUGAUGGCCCAGCCCCUUGUUUCCAGCAGGAUGGUGGAGGCGGUGGUGCAGACCAGAGACCAGAUGGUUGGCAGUCAUGUGGACGUGGUGGACGCGUGCGUUGGGACCUCGGUGCAAACAGACAGCGUAGGCAUCUCCUGCCAGCCGGAAGGUAAGGACCGAGCCGUGGGGCCCGAGCUGCCCAUGACCUGCUGGGUGGUUAAGGAGCGGGUGGAAGUGCACGACCGCUGCGCUGGGAGGUCCGUGCAGACGCGCGACGCGAGUGUGGGUGUGGAGGUCAGUGUCUGCGAGACAGGCAGCAACACGGAGGAGUCCGCCGGUGACCUGACACUCUUCAAGACACACGUGAAUGUCACAGAGGUGCGGUCCAUCGGCUGCGGAGACUGUUCGGUCCAUGUGACCGUCUGCUCUCCAAAGGAGUGCGGCUCGCGCGGCGUGAACACAGAGGCCACCGGCCAGGCAGACGCUGCCGUCAUGGCCGUGCCUCCGACCGCCCACCAGCACACCUGCACGGCCCUGCAGCAGGUGACCCAGUCCACCAACACCGAGACUGCCUCCCUCGUGGAGUCCUGCACCAACACUUCCCUCAGCACUCUGGACAAGCAGACCAGCACCCAGGCUGUGGAGACGCGGACGGUGGCCGUAGGAGAGGGCCGCGUCAAGGACAUCAACUCCUCCACCAAGGUCCGGUCCAUCGGUGUGGGGACAUUGCUUUCUGGCAGUUCUGGGUUUGACAGGCCAUCGGCUGUGAAGACCAAAGAGUCAGGCGUGGGGCAGAUAAAUAUUAACGACAACUACCUGGUCGGUCUCAAAAUGAGGACCAUUGCUUGUGGGCCUCCACAGUUGACCGUGGGGCUGACAGCCAGCAGGAGGAGCGUGGGCGUUGGGGACGAGUCUGUAGGGGAGCUCCUGGAGAACCCCCAGCCCCUGGCUCCCUCUGGAAUGAAGACCGGCUUGGAUCACUACAUUGAGCGGGUCCAGAAGCUGCUGGCAGAACAGCAGACGCUGCUGGCUGAGAACUACAGUGAACUGGCAGAGGCUUUUGGGGAGCCUCAUUCGCAGAUUGGCUCCCUCAACUCACAGCUCAUCAGCACCCUGUCAUCUAUCAACUCUGUCAUGAAGUCUGCAAGCCCCGAAGAGCUGCGGAACCCUGACUUCCAGAAAACCAAUCUGGGUAAAAUCACAGUAUGUACAAAUAAUGAGAGUACGCUGAAAUCCAUUAUGAAGAAGAAAGAUGGUAACAAAGAUUCAAAUGGCACGAAAAAGAAUCUUCAGUUUGUUGGCAUUAAUGGAGGGUAUGAAACAACUUCAAGUGAUGAUUCCAGCUCAGAUGAAAGCUCUUCUUCCGAGUCAGAUGACGAGUGUGAUGUCAUUGAGUGUCCUCUUGAAGAGGAGGAUGAAGAAGAGGACGAAGACACUCGGGGAGUGGCAGAAGGGCACCAUGCAGUUAAUAUUGAAGGUUUCAAGUCCACCAGGGUGGAAGAUGAAAUGCAGGUUCAAGAAUGUGAACCUGAGAAGGUGGAAAUCAGAGAGAGGUAUGAGUUAAGUGAAAAGAUGUUGUCUGCAUGCAACUUACUGAAAAAUAAUAUAAACGAUCCCAAAGCGUUGACCAGCAAAGAUAUGAGGUUCUGUCUGAACACCCUCCAGCAUGAGUGGUUCCGUGUGUCCAGUCAGAAGUCAGCCGUUCCCGCCAUGGUGGGGGACUACAUAGCGGCUUUCGAGGCCAUCUCCCCGGACGUCCUCUGCUAUGUCAUCAACAUGGCUGACGGCAACGGCAACACGGCCCUCCACUACAGCGUGUCUCAUUCCAACUUCGAGAUUGUGAAGCUGCUGCUGGACGCCGAUGUGUGUAACGUCGAUCACCAGAACAAGGCAGGCUAUACCCCCAUCAUGCUGGCAGCUCUCGCUGCUGUGGAGGCAGAGAAGGACAUGCGGGUCGUGGAAGAACUCUUCGGCUGCGGGGACGUGAACGCCAAAGCCAGCCAGGCGGGGCAGACGGCCCUCAUGCUGGCUGUCAGCCACGGACGCAUAGACAUGGUGAAGGGCCUGCUGGCCUGUGGGGCUGACGUCAACAUCCAGGACGACGAGGGCUCCACGGCCCUGAUGUGUGCCAGCGAGCACGGCCACGUGGAGAUCGUCAAGCUGCUGCUGGCCCAGCCAGGCUGCAACGGCCAUCUGGAGGACAACGAUGGCAGCACCGCGCUCUCGAUAGCCCUGGAGGCAGGACACAAGGACAUCGCCGUUCUUCUGUACGCCCAUGUCAACUUCGCAAAAGCCCAGUCUCCGGGCACGCCUAGGCUUGGAAGGAAGACGUCACCUGUUCCCACCCACCGAGGUUCAUUUGAUUGAUUAUGUGCAAAUAGCGCUGCAUGUACAUGCCACCAUUAAGCUGCUAAUUGUUCCUGAUGGGGUGACAGAUGCUGAAUGUAUAUGUAUUGUGCCUGGGCUCACCAGCAAACAGAAGUAUAAUGCCACGGGCUCAAGGCUGAAGCUUUCACAGUGGGAGUGGAGCCAGCAGGAGACUGCCGACCUGGGCAAGUGUCUGCCAUCUUCUGUCUGUGUAGGACACACUUUAACCCGUCUCUGUGGCUGCCAAAUCUCUGCUCUGUUAUGUGCAGUUGUAGGAAACUGUAACCUGACCUUUUCCUGUCUUCACCACUCCCAUCACAAAGAAGUGUCAGGUUCUAACUGGCAUUGGGUUUUUUAAAUUUUCCACAAAUAUGAGGGUACUUCAAAAAGUCCAUGGAAAGAUUUGUAUUAUCUUUUAGUUCUGUUUUUCCGCGAACUUGUUGAAGUAUCCCUGUAUUUAUAUUUAUUAAAUGUGGAACCAUUGGAAUGCUCUUCCAAAAUUCCAUUCCAGGAUGGUGGUGUUGAUUUUUCUUUGUCUUUAUUAUUUUAAAGUAAGGAAGUUGAGGUGACCUUGAUCAUCAGCAACUUGGGCCUGGGCUGCAAGUUUCUGGUUUAAAAAUAGAAGAUGGAACUCUCUAAAAGUAUAAAACUUAACAAAGGAAAUAUUUUCAGUUGGUUUUAUCAAGGUGGAUGUAUUAUAUGACUUUUUAUAUAAAAGGUAUCUAUAUGAAAUUGACACAGUAUUUUCAAUUUUUAUAUUCCACAGUAAUUAAAGACACGAAGAACUACAUGUAACGUUACCAUAUUUUUAUUAAUAAUUGCACAGCCCAGUCUGUAAUGAUAAAGGUUGAAUUGCGUUAGAGGAAUCGGCUAUAUAUUUGCCUCUAGAGAAACAGUGUAGUUCUCUUUGUAUUUAUGGAUUCCUUUAUACCAUGUCACAUCUACUUUCGUCCUGUAUGUAUUUAAAUGUUUGAAGUGCCUUAGACUCUUGCCAUAUUUUCAAAAUAAAAUUUCAUUAAGCUCUU